AUGGCUGAGAGGAAUACCAGACUUACUAAUGCUCUCCGUCGACGUGCCACUUUACAGAAAACCCCGUUUACUGUCGAUGCUCCCGGCUACGAUCCCGUGAAUGGAGAAACAAUCCCUCGUCGAAAUGUGAAUUACAAAGAUAAAUUGCUUGCCCGGCCCGAGGAAGGGAUCAAUACUGUCUAUGAUAUUGUCAGGCGCGGGGCUGAGAAAUUUGGCAAUGCAAAAUGUAUGGGCUCACGGGAGCUUCUGGAUGUCCACGUCGAGACCAGAAAGGUUAAGAAGAUGGUGAACGGCGAGGAGCGGGAUGUGGACAAAGACUGGACAUAUUUUGAAUUGAGCGGCUACACCUUCAUAACUUUCAAUGAGUACGAGAGAUUGACCCUACAGAUCGGAGCGGGCCUAAGGAAGCUGGGCCUGGGCAAGGGCGAUAGGCUCCACCUCUACGCUGGUACCAGUGAUCGUUGGCUUGCUGCUGCCCAUGGGGCAAUCUCACAGUCCAUGUCCAUCGUUACCUCGUACGACACCCUUGGCGAAGAAGGGCUGCGGCACACAAUGACAGAAGCCAAUUCCAGAGCCUUGUACACAGAUCCACAACUUUUACAACCACUCAUCAAACUGUUGGGCGACGCUCAAAGUAUCACAGUCGUCAUUUACAACAAUACGCGUCUGCUCAAGCAGGAGACGUUAAACGCCUUCAGAGCUGAACACCCCGGUAAAACUCUGCUAAGCUUCGAGGAGCUCAGGAAACUUGGAGAAGAGAAUCCGGUGGGUCCGGUUCCUCCGGAUGCGGAUGACACCGGCAUGAUUAUGUAUACAUCCGGUGCCACGGGGCCCCCAAAGGGUAUUCCCCUGAAGCACAGACAUGUGAUUGCUGCAGUUGCUGGGAUAGAUUCCUUGGUUGGACGUGAAAUCAGUCCUAGCGAUGUUGUCCUAACAUUCCUGCCCUUGGCUCACAUUUUUGAAUUCGUAUUUGAGCAUGCAGCGCUAUUCUGGGGCUGUCGAAUGGGUUACGGAAGCCCGAAAACGAUUGCAGACACAUCGAUGCGAAACUGCAAGGGCGACAUACGAGAGCUCAGACCAACCUUGAUGGUUGGAGUACCCGCUGUGUGGGAAACCGUGAGGAAGGGCGUCAUUAUGAAAGUUGAACAAGCCGGGUUAAUCUCGAAGAACCUUUUCUGGACAGCAUUCUACCUUAAGCGCCAGCUUACGAAUCGCCAAUUGGGAGGGUCUGGGAUUCUAAACUCAGUGAUCUUCAAAAAGAUCAUUGAUGCAACUGGAGGUAGACUCCGGUUCGUCAUGAAUGGAGCCGGGCCUAUUGCUCAUGAAACACAGGAAUUCAUCUCCCUGGUUAUAGCACCUAUGGUUAUCGGAUAUGGCCUAACUGAAACGACAGCGAUGACAUCUGUUUCCGAUCCCUGGGGUUGGCAGGGCGAAACCUUAGGUGAUAUCCCCGCUUGCGUGGAGAUCAAGUUGGUUGAUUUCCCGGAUGCAGGGUAUUUCACCAACUCAACUCCUCCCCAAGGUGAAAUUUGGGUUCGCGGGAAUAGCGUCAUGGAAGGAUACUUGAACAAUGAGGCCGGAACGGCCCAAGUCAUGACCUCUGAUGGCUGGUUUAAAACGGGAGAUAUUGGGGAGUGGGAUCGAAACGGCCAUCUUAAGGUAAUUGACCGCAAGAAGAGUCUGGUCAAGACUUUGAAUGGGGAAUAUAUCCCACUGGAAAAGCUCGAAUCGGUAUAUCGUUCAGUGGGUUUUGUGGCGAACAUCUGCGUCUACGCAGCACCAGAUAAAGCCAAGCCAAUUGCAAUCGUGGUCCCUGCCGAGCCCGCGUUGAAAAAGCUAGCUGCCGAAAACGGCAUCGUCAAAGUCCAGGGGCUUCAUGAGCUGGUGCAUGACAAGAAACUGCGACAGGUCGCGCUACAGAAUAUGCAAGCUGCUGGGCGGAAGGCCGGUCUUACGGGACUUGAGAUUAUUGAUGGCGUUGUCCUUGUGGAUGAGCUUUGGACACCCCAGAAUGGCCUGACGACAGCGACGGAGAAGCUGAAUAGGAAUGCGAUCCAUGAGAAGUAUAAGGCGGAUAUAGCAAGUGCGUAUGGGCAUUGA